AAGGUCUUUGUCUCUCAAUUUCGUACAAAAUCAUUUGUCCGAUUUUCAUAUAUCAGGACAUGCAACAACGAUUGGGAUUUGGGAGGAAGGAAGAAGAGAGAGACUGUUAUGGCCUAUCCACUGAUAUCCAACAAAAACCUUGUAUCCCAAUGUCAUCUUCUUAUCAGUGACCGACCAAAAACACUAUUCCCCUUCAACUUAUCUUCAUCACCCAAUUAUGCUUCUUCUCAUUUCAACCUCAACCUCAACUUCAGGGUUUCACGAGUUUCAUCCGAAGAUAUUCCAACUGGACUGACAGAGGAUUCCAAGUUUGUUCCCUUGAAUUCAGAAGAUCAAAGUUAUGGUCCGCCUGCUCUAUUGUUGCUGGGUUUUCAACUCGAAGAGGCAGCAAAGAUACAACAGUUUCUGAAGGAGUUGGAUGGAGAAUUUCUCGAGGUGAUUUUUUGCACUGAGGACAUGAUCAACCGUUCACUCUGGGAAGCAGUGAAUACCAAGCAAUCGAAUGUAGAUGCAUCAAAAGUUGCAAAAUCACUACCGAGAAUUUGCUUCCUUUCAGGUCUUACUGGUGAGGAGAUGAUGAUGUUGAUCGACGCCUUCCCUGAAAGUGGUCUGCAACCUGCCGUGUUUGCAGCCCUUGUACCAAAUAGUGCUGACAAGCAUUUAGCAGAGCUAAUAGAGGAGAUUAUGGGGGACCAUGAGAUGCUAUCUGCAAAGCAAACAAGCUAGAGGGCAUCGAAGCUGCAAGAUUCAUGGAAAUUCGAGUAAGCUUUACUUUUAUUUAUUCGUUGUAAUAUCUAUAAAUAUGUAUCUAGAUUGUCUAAAUGAAGAAAUGUAAUUAUAUAUAUACUUCAUAACUAUUUGGUUAUUUAAUCAAUUUUUUUGCAAACAAAUACUAAAUUAAUAACUAUUGAUAUUUCUGCAUUUAUAUUUUCUUCAAAAAUAGUUUUCUAAACAAUUUUGGGCUCUUUCAAUGGGACCCCUAGUCCUAGGAUACUUCACGAUAUUUGAACUGCACGGAAUGGGAUUGCAAUUAAAUAUAUGUUGUUCUCGAACAAUUUCCACAUGAUUAAGAGAUUGCAAUUAAAUAUAGGAUUAUCAUUCUUCCAAAAACAAUAAUUUCCACUGCAUUUUUAUGUGUAGCAUCAUACUUUACUUUCAAGUAUAUGGUACAUGGAUAACUUGUUGAUUCAACAUCUUCUUGUUUUUUUGCUCCACCUCUUUAAUGAGGCGACCCGAAGAAAUGACCAUCUAGUAUGAUUUGAUUUUAAUGUGAAGGUAAUGCUUUAUAUAUGUCAUAGGUAUACUUAUAUUUGAAAUGAUAAGAGAAAUCAAAUCGACGUCUGAUUCAAUGGAUAGACUAAUUUAGACUAAUUUUGUUUUGAAAUAUUGUGUAGGCAAUCAUAUACUCUGAAAAGUAUAUGUCAAAAUAAGUAAAUCUAAUUUAUAGAAAUAUAUAGAAUGACUUCGUUUAAAUUCAAUUUAAACACUUUUAAUUGAAUGUAAAAUAAAUCUUUGAACUGGUGAUAUUGUGUUAAAAUAAAUCUUCAAUUUGGCUUCUAUGUUUUUUUAUCCAUUUUUAAUCACAGUAUAUGAAUAUAUCCUCUCAUGGAGAGAAACUACAUUGCAUCUGCCACCUCUUUGGGUAACAUCUAAGUAAGUUCUUUCCAAAGUUUUACUUCAUCUUAUGUCACUAAGAACUGAAACAUCAUUUCGAUAUAUAGUUUCUCAUUGUACCUGAUCGAAACACAAAUUUUGAAAACACACAAGUCAAAAUCAUUACAACAUGGAAUUACCAACACAUUUAUGAACUGCAAAUAACAUGUGUACAUAAACAUAAAACACUCAUUGUACACAAUGCUGUACAAGUUUUCAUACAUUACGCCCACAGUAAAACAUACAUAAAAAGAUUUUACAAAUAAGACCGUAACAUAAAAAAAAAAAGAAAAAAA